AUGAAUCACCCAGAAGGAGAGCUAGACCAACCAGAGCCUUUCUCUCAGGACCUUCGUGCCAACGUGCAGAAGGAGAUUGCCUUUUCCACCGAGGGAAAGGAAUCCUAUUGUAGGCCCACAAUCCAGAACCUCUGCUCUUUCCACCCCUUUGCUGAUGAUGCAAGUAAGGGGGAUGACCUGCUGCCUGCCGGGACAGAGGAUUGUAUCCAUAUAAGAAUUCAGCAGCGCAACGGCAGGAAGACCCUUACUACUGUCCAAGGGAUCGCUGAUGAUGAUGACAAAAAGAAACUAGGGAAGGCGUUUAAGAAGAAGUUUGCCUGCAAUGGCACUGUGAUGGAGCAUCCAGAAUAUGGAGCAGUGAUUCAGCUGCAAGGUGACCAGUGCUGGCACAUAGGACAGCUCCUUGUAGAGAUUGGCCUGCCUAAGGACGGCCAGCUGAAGGGUCAUGGGUUUUAA